AUAAUCACCCACCUGGCUGUGGGGCUCAUAAAACCUGCUGCAAAUUAGACAUCUACACCACUCUCACCGCUGCCACCGCUGCUGCUGCUGCUGCCUCUGCCCAGCUGGCACUAUGGGCACCACUUCUUGCUUGACGAGGGUGCAGGGGCUGCUCCGCAUCCGGAACCAGCUGGUGAGGGAAUGCCUGGCUGAGGUGCUGGCCACCUUCGUGAUGAUGACAAUCACCCUGGCCAGCGCUGCACAGAAGAUUGCCUUCUUUGAGACGAAGGGGAACCUCAUCACCAGCUACCUGGGAGGCGCCCUGGGUGUCAUGGCAGGCAUCUACACAGCAGGGGGAAUCUCUGGGGCCCACAUGAACCCAGCGUUCUCCUUAGCCAUGUGCCUGAUAGGGCAGUUUCCCUGGUGGAAGUUUCCCAUCUUUGUGGUUGUGCAGAUCGUGGGAUCUUUCAUAUCUGCUGCAGCUGUUUACGUCCUCUACUAUGAUGCCAUCUGGCACCAUAGCAAUGGGACCCUUACUGUCACUGGCCCCCAAGAAACCGCCUCCAUCUUCGCCACUUACCCUGCUGACUUUGUCUCUGUCGCCAAUGGCUUCUUGGACCAGGUGAUCGGCACAGGGGUGCUGAUAGUGGUUGUCAUGGGCAUCAUGGACCCCCGCAACAAGCCUGUCCCCAAGGGCCUGGAACCAGUGGUUGUGGCUCUCUUGGUGCUCUCCAUUGAGUGCUCCAUGGGGGCCAACUGUGGCUGCCCCCUGAACCCUGCCAGGGACAUCGGGCCCCGGCUCUUCACCUAUCUGGCAGGCUGGGGCCCAGAGGUUUUCAGCAGGGGCAAUGGAUGGUGGUGGGUGCCACUGGUAGCACCGCUGCUGGGGGCCGCCGUGGGCACGUACCUGUACCAGCUCUUUGUGGCUUUCCACUACCCGGCGGAGGACAGCAAAGACCUGGCAGAGCAGGGCUCCAUCGUUCUGGUCAACACCGCCAUCGGCGCAGACAUUGGGACGUCACCCAAGGAAAAGGACAGUGCCGGGGAGACAGUGCCUGCCCAGUACCCCCCAUCACCAAGCGCCAGCAGCACAGUCCCCCGCACAGUCACUUUCACACCAUUAAAAGAGUCCUGAGGGCA